CUUGCCGCGGGCCGUAAAGCGCGGAAGGUCGCGGGCCACUGCAGUCCCGGAACUUUCCGCUCCGCGUCCCGUCCCCUCCUCUCCCUAUGCCCGGUCCCCCUUUCCGGCCCGCGCCGACCCGCUUCAGCCGUUGUGCUGCACUUCACUUCCGCCGGGCGUUGGUGGACGCGCUGCCCGCACUUGCGGGCCCCUGAGUUUGAUCUUUGGAUCUUCUCAGCUGAGUGAAAACGUAUCUCCUAGUUGGUCAUGCUUUACAGAUUGCUGUCGAUUGUCCAGAGACAAAGAACUGGCCCAGGAUGGCAGACGUGGUCAUCAGCAAGAAGCAGCACAUCAGCUGCCGAGGCACAGUCCAUUGCCCUGCCUGCCCAGGCUCAGGUGGUCAUCUGUGGGGGUGGAAUCAUGGGUACAUCCGUGGCCUAUCACCUCUCCAAAAUGGGAUGGCAGGAUAUUAUCCUUUUGGAGCAGGGCAGGCUGGCCGCUGGCUCCACAAGGUUCUGUGCUGGCAUCCUAAGCACUGCUAGACAUUCAAGCAUUGAACAGAAGAUGGCAGACUAUUCAAACAAGCUCUACCAUCAGUUAGAGCAAGAAACAGGGAUCCAAACAGGGUACUUAAGGACAGGCUCAAUCUGUCUGGCCCAAACUCAGGAUCGGUUGAUCUCUCUGAAGCGUAUCAACUCAAGGCUGAAUGUUGUAGGUAUCCCUUCUGAAAUCAUCUCCCCGAAGAAAGUGGCUGAACUUCACCCUCUCCUCAAUGUGCAUGAUCUGGUGGGGGCCAUGCAUGUUCCUGAGGAUGCAGUCGUAUCCUCUGCUGAUGUGGCUCUUGCCCUGGCAAGUGCUGCCUCCCAGAAUGGUGUUCAGAUUUAUGACCGGACGAGUGUUCUUCAUGUAUUGAUCAAGAAAGGUCAAGUUACUGGUGUGGAGACAGAUAAAGGACAGAUUGAAUGCCAGUAUUUUGUUAACUGUGCUGGUCAGUGGGCAUACGAGCUGGGUCUGUCCACCGAGGAGCCAGUUAGUAUUCCGCUACAUGCCUGUGAACACUUCUACCUUCUGACUCGUCCCUGGGACACCCCUCUGCAGAGCAACACACCAACUAUUGUGGAUGCUGAUGGAAGAAUUUACAUCAGGAACUGGCAGGGUGGCAUCUUGUCUGGAGGCUUUGAGAAGAACCCAAAACCUAUUUUCACCGAGGGCAAGAACCAGUUGGAAAUUCAGAACCUGAGGGAAGACUGGGAUCACUUUGAGCCCCUGUUGAGUUCCCUCCUGCGUAGGAUGCCAGUAUUGGAGACUCUGGAGAUUUUGAAGUUGGUGAAUUGCCCUGAGACCUUCACACCAGACAUGAAGUGCAUCAUGGGCGAGUCUCCUGUAGUACAGGGCUACUUUGUCCUGGCAGGGAUGAACUCUGCUGGCCUGUCGUUGGGUGGAGGAGCUGGAAAGUUCCUUGCUGAAUGGAUGGUAUAUGGUUAUCCCUCUGAAAAUGUUUGGGAAUUGGAUUUGCAGCGCUUUGGAGCCCUCCAGAGCAGCCGCACUUUUCUGCGCCACCGGGUCAUGGAAGUCAUGCCUCUGAUGUAUGAUCUGAAGGUUCCCCGUUGGGACUUCCAGACUGGGAGGCAGUUACGUACAUCUCCUCUUUAUGACCGGCUGGAUGCUCAAGGAGCCAGAUGGAUGGAGAAACAUGGAUUUGAGAGGCCAAAGUACUUUGUUCCACCCAAUAAUGACCUUCUUGCAUUGGAACAGAGCAAGACUUUUUACAAGCCAGACUGGUUUGAUAUUGUGGAGUCUGAAGUCAAGUGCUGUAAGGAAGCUGUGUGUGUCAUUGACAUGUCUUCUUUCACAAAGUUUGAAAUAACUUCCACUGGGGAUCAGGCAUUAGAAAGUCUGCAAUAUGUUUUCUCCAAUGACCUGGAUGUGCCUGUAGGCCACAUUGUGCAUACAGGCAUGCUCAACGAAUAUGGAGGGUAUGAAAAUGAUUGCAGCAUUGCACGCCUGAGCAAACGCAGUUUCUUCAUGAUCUCUCCAACUGACCAGCAGGUCCACUGUUGGGCCUGGCUUAACAAAUACAUGCCGAAAGAUAGCAACUUGUUACUGGAGGAUGUCACCUGGAAAUAUACAGCUCUCAAUCUGAUUGGCCCCCGGGCUGUGGAUGUGCUGUCUGAGUUAUCCUAUGCCCCUAUGACUCCAGACCACUUUCCAACUCUGUUUUGCAAGGAGAUGAGUGUGGGCUAUGCAAAUGGGAUCCGCGUGAUGAGUGUGACUCACACAGGAGAGCCAGGAUUCAUGCUGUACAUUCCCAUAGAGUAUGCUCUGCAUGUCUACAAUGAGUUGAUGAGUGUUGGACAGAAGUAUGGAAUCCGGAAUGCUGGGUAUUAUGCUCUUCGAAGUCUCCGAAUUGAGAAGCUUUUUGCCUUCUGGGGGCAAGACUUAAACACCCUCACCACUCCCCUGGAAUGUGGAGGAGAGUCUCGAGUGAAGUUAGAGAAGGGCAUAGAUUUCAUCGGUCGAGAUGCCCUGCUGCAGCAGAAGCAGAAUGGGGUAUAUAAGCGCCUUGCUAUGUUCAUCCUGGAUGACCACGACACAGACCUCGACUUGUGGCCUUGGUGGGGAGAACCCAUUUACCGGAAUGGGAAGUAUGCUGGCAAGACCACCAGUAGUGCCUAUAGCUACACUCUUGAGCGCCAUGUAUGCCUGGGUUUUGUACACAAUCUCUCUGAGGACAGUGGGGAAGAGCAGGUGGUGACAGCAGAUUUCAUCAACCGCGGAGAAUAUGAAAUUGACAUUGCAGGACAUCGGUUUCAGGCCAAGGCCAAGCUGUACCCUGUUGUCUCCUUUUUCACUCACAAGCGUAGAAAGGAUGAUGUGGAGCUGAGUGACUUUCAUGGGAAGUAAUGCCAAGACACUCUCCCUUUCUCCCAUUACCUCACCAUGAGGAGCAUUGUUCUGGGAGCUGCUUCUUCUGUUCCUGUCUCCUUACCAGGGUUCCUUUGUCCCUUCUCUUAACUUUUCAAUUUGACUACUUUAAACUUUUUCCUUGAAAGCCUUUUUGGUCCUCCCAUUCUCUUUGCGUUUGCUGUUACCUCCUAAUAAUCAGGUUCUUCUCAUCCCUCCAGCAGGCCCACAUUCCCACAGUGGAAGGCAGUGGAGUUAAGGUGACAAACUGAUUUUUAAAAUCAUCUUAGGGCAAGUUGGUAUUAUUUAAGUCUUAGGGCAAAAGUCUAGUUCCCUUGGGCUGGGCUUCUUAGAGUAAUCUGCUAAUUUUGGUGGAUGACGGUGUGUCUCAUGUAGCCCUGGGAAGAGCUUGUAUCUUAAGCAGGCAGAUGACUCUGUUUCACUGUGCUGGAGGUUCCACCUGAUACCUCUUAACAUCUACCUCACCGAUGAGAGGGUUAUGACAUGGACACUGUCUGCUCUGUGGGAGGGACAAGUAGUUAACCUGGCCUCUCCAGCCCUCCAACUCUGUUCUUAGAUGUUUGGGCCAGGGCAGCCUGCCUGCAGUUUUCUUUAUUUUCUGCUAUUUUGUAUAAUGCGGUAGUUUGUUUUUUAGCUGAGUAAACAAGUAUGCCAGUAUGUGAAAGGGGUGGGGACCCAUGUUGCCUUUUGUGUUGCUUUUCCCAGCUAGAGCAGCGUGAACUCAGAUGUUGAGUUCUUACUGUUGGAAGAGCAUUGCUUUUCUUUCAGUUACUCAUAGGUCUGCUAGCUAUCCCUUCUUGAUUUUCUUCAGAUGGCUUCUAGUCUCACCUGUGCCUUGUGUAGCCUGCCUAUGACCUCAACAUCCAUUCCUACCCCUUUAGAAGAGGGAGAGAGGAUUAGGUGGGUAGUCUUGGGUGAGUAAGUAAGCCAUGCUGUUCAGACUACGUUCCAAGAGCUACCAGAGCCUCGAGCUUGACGUCCCUGGCAUGAACAAAGCCACAUACAGAUGGCCAUUGAGAGCUGUAAGUACAGGGCAGGCCAGAGACUGCUUUCCAUCUUUUCUUUCCAGGCUUCCCACUCUCACCCCACCCCCAAUAACCUUUGGAAUGGAAAGUGACUGGGGUGCCCACCAAAUGCACCCCCUAUUGCAGUGGUACUGCCGUUUUCUUUUCUGAUGUGGAUUCUCGCUAGAGCUCAGGCUGGCCUCAGAUCUGCAGUGCUCCUCCGGAUUUCAGGUGUGGUGACAGUGUGUUUUCUAAAGGUGAAACUGGGAUGUGACAGGCUGUGCUGUAGAACACCAACACUUCAUUUUCUCUUGUUCACAGACUGCCCAGUCUGGAUUUGAGAACCUUUCAUUCAACUGCAGUUCUCAGUAACUUGGGCGCUUUGGUUCUGCUAAAUCUACAUUAAUAGAAACCUGUCAUUUCAGUGGUGUAGCUCAAAAUUCUCAAGUGCCUCUUUGGCACUUCUGUAGAACCCGUUACCCACUCAGACUGGUUCUUUUCACACAUUUCUCGAUAUUUUCUCCAGCUAGGCCACUCGUACUUGGCUUCUGAGACGAUUUCCAUUGACUUAUUAAAAGGGCACACAAUUACAAGUUGAUGUGAAGAGAAAUUGCUAUUUUGGAGGGAAUGUGUGUUUAGUGAGAUGAGAACCACAGACUGUCUCCAGGCAAAGGGGAGAAAGGAGUAACACUCCAGUAGAAAGCUGAGCAAGGCAGCAGCAGCAGUGAGCUGUUGAGAUCCAGAGCAGGCCCUUGGCUGACCCGUGAAGACGGAAGCAGAGAUGCACAGCUCCAGGUAUUUGUGCUCUUUGAAAUAUGGUGGUAACAUUCUGCAGUCUAGGAGUGAACGUUUACUUGGAAUUGAAUACAAAAUAAGUUUUUGACCUCUGCAUCCAUAGUAAAAGUUUGCAGCAGACUUGUUCUUUAACUGUUGCAAGUGUUACCACUUAGGUUCCCAACUGGAGGGGAACCCUUCCACAGCAGUAAUAGUUUAAACUCCGAGUGCAUUAUUCCAGGAUUUCAGCAUAGACUAAUGGUUGUCUGUGCGUGUUAAUCUCUAGCUCCUUAAUUAACUGUCCCUUCUGAGUAAGGGACACUGCAAGUCCCCAGCUAGAUGUUCUAGCUGUGGCUGAUGGCAGCCUUUGAGCUGCAGACAGUGCUUGUCUUGCUAGGAAGGCAUAAGAGGGAGGGGCUGAAGCAUUUUGAAAUGCCUUACCAGGCUCCUGUUCCUGUUCCUUCAACUUGGAUUUUCUGAGCUGCCACUUCUUUACUGUGUACCCCAAAACAAACUUACAUUUGGCACUAAAUGCUUCCUUAGAGUUUCUCUUGGUCCAUGCAAACAUAAACAAUGCAAAUCUGCCCCACCCCUCAUUUUGCCCUGAUAUAAGUGCUGUAAAUAGACUGUUCUUCUUCACUAACUCUGAAGCUUUUCCUAGGCUUGAUGUCAUAAACACAUCAGACAGUUGAGGGGACCUGAAACCUCUGGCCCACUAGUGUUGGGUGAGCAUUCUAGGCUCUCAGGAGUAAAUGCAGAUUGUUAACAGAAAUGUUAGGUCUAUAGCAGUGGUUCUUAACCUGUGGGUUGCGACCCCUUUAGGGUCAAA